CAAGCGUACCGGAAAAUUUCGUCAGACACGAAGGCCGAUUUGAGUUGGCAAUAUCUAACCUAAAGAGAGCAUAUGACCUAGACAAGGACAAGUUCUCUUACUCUGGAGAAAUUAUUCAGGCCUUACUCAGCGCUCGGAAAAAGAAAUGGGAACGGGACGAACGGAAUCGUGUUCAACGAGAGUCAGAAUUUCUGAAGUAUAUUAAAGGUCUAAUUAACGCUGAACGUGACAGGCAACUUCAGAAAGUUUCUUCAAAGAGUUCAAUGGCUGCCACUUUUUCAAAAUUUGUCAAUUCACAUCCGCCUGAUGUCCAAGAGAGAAUCGAUCAUAUCAACAAGAUACACAAUGAAAGACUUUCUCAGACAGAACAAAUUUUUGCACAGUCGGACGAAAACCUUCGGCCACGAAGCGUUCCAGAUUAUUUUUUGGACAAAAUAUCUUUCAAUAUUAUGCAUGAUCCUGUCGUUACCCCGUCGGGGAUCACAUAUGAACGCGUACAUUUGAAUGAACAUUUCAAAAGAAACGGACAUUUUGAUCCCUUGUCUAGACGCCAAUUUGAAGAAUCGCAACUAUAUCCAAAUUUGGCGUUGAAAGAGGCGAUCGAAGAAUUCUUAAGUAAAAAUGGGUGGGCAGCGGAUUAUUAA